GAGCUGGAACAGAGCCUGCGGGCCGCGCCGGACCCCGCCCUGCUGCUGGAGAUCCUGCACAAGACCGUCCUCCACCCUCUGUGUCUAAAAUAUCCUCCUUCCACCACGUACAGGAGGCGCUUCCUAACUGAGCUCAUCAAAAAGCACGAAUCCACAGCAGCUGAGCCCCUGGAUGAGCUGUACGAUGCGCUGGCAGACAUUUUAAAUGAAGAAGAAUCUACUCACUGCUACAAAAACUACUUACUGCCCACAGGAGAAGCUGUUACCCUUUCCGAGAGCAUGGCAAUCAUCUCUGGAGGAACCACGGGGCUCGUCACGUGGGAUGCUGCUCUUCACCUCGCCGAAUGGGCGGCAGAGAACGCGACAGUUUUCAGUAACAGGACAGUCUUGGAAUUAGGAAGCGGGAUCGGCUUCACUGGCAUCGCAGUCUGUAAAACCUGCAGUCCCAAGGUGUAUAUAUUUAGUGACUGCCACCCCUGUGUUCUCCAACAGCUAGCAGAAAACAUCCGUUUGAACGGCUUUGUCCUGGAGCCUGAAACUCCUCAUCACACCCGAACGGAGUCCCAAGACCCCGAGGCAGAAGCAAAAAAUUAUCAAAACCCAAAACUAAUUGUUGCAGAGCUCGACUGGGGCUCAGUUACAGAAAAAGAACUGUUGGAUCUUCAACCGGACAUCGUCGUUGCAGCAGAUGUGGUGUACGAUCCAGAGAUCGCUUUAGCCCUUAUUGGUGUGCUGCAAAAACUCUCCACUUGCCGGGCCGAUACAAAACCUCCCGAGGUCUACAUUGCUUCCACCAUUCGUAACCCAGACACGUAUCACCUCUUCCAGGCUGAACUCGAUAAAGCUGGGAUCGGAUGGCGGAUUAUUCCAGCCCACAGCACCAGGAUUUUCCUCUAUGACGAGCAGCCAAAUGUAACUAUUCUACAGCUAUUUAUAUAG